AUGAAUCAUAUACGUUCAGUUCUUGUAGCUCCGGUGACAUCAUCUACAAGUAGACUAUCACUACUACGGGGCCGUGAGUGCAUUCCGUACAAUGAUACGCCACCGAAUGAAUCACACUGCCUGCAAACGCUGGAGAGACCACGUACACGCUCUGCCGCCGGAGUACAUUCCUCCAACGCAUCAUCGCGGUGCUUUUCCCGGACAAGAUGCGCCCCGAUGAGGUUUAUACAUCCUGAGAUGUCAGCUGCUUCUCAGGAAGAAGCUGGGAUUCGGGCCGGCCAAGAACAGUGA